AUGGACGGCUCGCUUCCAGAGCCCCAACUUCCAGAAUCACACGUAUUGAUUGUUAUUACAGGCGGCACAAUAUGCAUGCGAAAGUCUGCAGAUGGACUGGUCCCUGCCCGAGGGUUUCUCAAAGCUGGACUUGCACCUCGGCCUGUUUUCAAUGAUGGAUCCUACCCAGAGCCUCUCGAAAUUGUUGUCGACGACAAGGGUACGCGAAAGGCUGUGCAGAGUUUGAGGACUCCGGUCAGCACAUAUGAACGCCGGGUUCGAUACUGUGUGCUGGAGUUUGAAAAACUGCUUGAUAGUAGCUCCAUUGACUCGACCGGCUGGGACCAGAUUGCGCGUACGGUGCAAAGGAACUACCAACUAUUCGAUGGCUUCGUCAUCUUACAUGGGACCGACUCACUGGCCUACACGUCGUCUGCGCUCAGUUUCAUGUUUCACAAUUUGGGCAAGCCCGUAGUCCUGACUGGAUCCCAAGCACCCAUGAUGAACUUGCAAACAGACGCCCAGGACAACCUGCUCAACUCGCUCAUCAUUGCUGGACACUUUAUGAUUCCCGAAGUGUGUCUCUUCUUCAACUUCAAGCUGUUCCGAGGCAACCGUGCAACCAAGAUAUCUGCAGAAGACUUUGAUGCAUUCGGCAGUCCCAAUCUGCCGCCGUUGGCCACCAUUUCCUCUACCAGGACCAAUGUACUGUGGCAUCGUGUCCAUCGCUCCACCGACCUCAGCCCGUUUGCCAUUCAGACGAACCUGGACACGGCACACGUAGCCUGUCUACGUGUCUUUCCGGGAAUUACGCCUGCAAUGGUGGAUGCAGUCUUGCAUCUGGAAGGGCUCAAGGGGCUCGUAUUGGAGACGUUUGGAGCAGGAAACACACCUGGUGGGCCGGACAGCGCAAUGACGCGAUGCCUGGCCGACGCAGUGAAGAGGGGAAUUGUGAUUGUCAAUGUAACACAGUGUCUGAGCGGCAGCGUUAGCGCGCUGUAUGCUCCUGGAGCCUUUCUUGGGCGAGCGGGAGUGGUGUUUGGGCAGGAUCUGACGUCAGAAGCAGCCCUUACCAAGUUGGCAUACCUCCUGUCGCUGCCGGGAGCGACGCCCGACGAGGUUGCGAAGCGCAUGUCUGUUUCAUUGCGUGGCGAGCUUACCGAGACAACACGAACUCAUUUCGAACAUCCUUCGAGGAGCGGCGUACUUACCCCUGAGCUCUCCAGUCUCACGGCGCUCGGGUACGCGAUCCAAAAGGGCGACUUGCAGGCGACGAGAGAUAUUAUUCGAGGUGAGCCUCGUUGGCUACUCAACGAUGCCGACUAUCAGAUGAACAGCCCAGUGCACCUGGCGGCAACCAGCCCCAACGUAGAGAUUCUGCGAGAUUUUCUGGCACAGGGGGCCUCUGUGCAUCUUCGAAACCGAUCAGGCAAUACCCCGCUCUUCCUGGCAGCGGCAGCAGGCCUGGCAGACCAUGUUCAGACACUGAUCGAUGCGGGAGCCCAUCUUCACAGCGACGAAGUGAGCACGGCCAAGCUGUACGCAUCGGAGGGCGACGGCAACGCUGAGAUUUGGAGCCGUGUGAUUGGGUGA